GUUUGCCGCGAUUUUCCCACAAUAUAGCUUAAAAUGGAGAAGAAAGUUAAGAAAACUCUCAUUAAUUUUACUAUAUCAGAUGCGAUUUUGCAGUUCGCCCUAACAAGUCUGCAUAAAUAUGCGACGAUCAAGCCAAAGGAAGAUUUUGUUUUUAGUCCGUACAGCAUAUAUCAGGAACUUUUCUCGGUUUACCUUAUUUCCAGUGGUGAUAUUCAACAGCGUUUAAAAAACAUUCUUUAUUUACCGAAUGUCUCGAAGUAUGAGUUGAUGAAAAUUAUUAAAUUUCGUAAAUACCCCGCAAUACAGUCUGCAUGCCCUCAGGAUGCUGCCUCUAAUCUGCCUCAACAUUACAUGAUUCAGAAUAAAUGUAUCUUUUUAAACACAAUACUUUGUAAAAACAUCAAAAUAAUAAGAAAACUGUACAAUUUUGGAUUCACGUUUAAAGAAAGCAAUGAUAUCCACGAUAUAAAUAGAAAGACCAAUAAAAUUUUAAAUAGCUGGACAGAGAAUUACAUUCUUAAACCGUUGAAAUUAGAAGUAAAAAGAGAAACUAUCGACAUUAUUAUGAUGAACGUACAUAAUUUCCACGGUCGAUAUCGAUUAAUUCCACAACCGACAAGUAAUGAGAUGAGUCUCGACUGUGAUCAACUAGCAUCGAAUACUUCUCUUUAUCUAAAUUUUAAAACAUUUUCUAGUGAUGAAUUACAGGUGAACGUAAAAGAGUUAAUCAUCAAGAAAGAUUACACGUCGCUGUUUAUGUUGAUACCUUUUUCAUCAAGCACAGACAAGAGAGUUAAAACUGAUACGAGCAGUACUAGCCUUUCCAGCUUGAUUGAAAGAUUGUCUACCAGCGAAGGAAUGCGUAAAUUUCGGAAAUUGCUGUUUUGUGUAGAAACAGGUGGAUCACUAUCUUUCGCUACUUGGCCGACCUUUGAAAUUGAAAAAAAUUUAGAUAUGCCAGUUUUGUUGCGAGAACUAGGCGUCGAACAGUUAUUGACGUCCGACGCGAUUCUUUUGGACAACACCUUCGCGGAAAACAAUCAAUUCGUGCACUUCGGCAAUGCCGUGCACCGUGCUCGUGUCAAGGUCAUGGAGGAUAACGUCACUGCUACUGCGGUAACUCUGAUCAGUGAACAAGAACUCAGUUCGAACGAUAUUAUAAGCUACAUGUAUCUGAAUUAUUCGUUCGUCUGGCUAAUAUACGACAAAUGGAAUGCAGAUAUUCUUUAUAUCGGCGUAUUUAAUGAAGUUGACAAGUUUAUUGACGUUUGUAGUGAAUCUUUCACAGAUUGGUUUAACAAAACUUUUUAAGACAUAUCUUUCGAGUGGCUUGCAAUGUUCAAUCUAAUCGUUGGGAAGUUUAAAAGUCUUCAUUACUAUGAUUACUAAAAAGGGCGUAAGUUAAGGUUUUUAGAUAUUUGAAUGACUAUUGAGAAUUCGUUUGAAAGAAUUUUACAGCGAAUCAUUUCGAAACUCUUAAGCAUUUGUUAUUAAAUUUUUACAAGUAGAAAAUGUUUGUGGUCAAAAAUAUGUACCUUGAAAUCCGUCUUUGAAGAAUCUUAUCGCCGUUGGUGUGACAACUUGACGAGCAAUCUUAUAUCUCCAAAUUUUGUCUGAAUU